UUUUGUUUUGAAAUAAGGGAUAGAAAUGGUCGUUGAGGUGGUAAUGGUGGUGUACUAGUAGUUUCCUAUUUCCGGUCAGUUCUGGUGUUGGCUACCACGUUGUUUGAUGUUGUUAUUUCACUUAAUAAAUUUGGACUAAGAGAGUCGUGAUGGCGGACCAACAACCCACGCCUGCGAAGGAGACUUCUCCCGCGAAGGAUUCUGCCCCCGCGGGAGACGCGAAGCCGGGCAAACGCGGCAAAAGGGGAGACAAACCCGAGAAGAAGGAGAAGAAGAAGCGCGGGAAGGCUCGCAACUAUGACCUCGGCAACGGAGUGUACCGCUUCAGCCACUCCAACAUGUACCACAAGAAGGCAGUGUACAAGUUUGUGGGCAAGAAGACCCCGAAGACGGUGCGGCCCAAGAAGCCCAUCACGAUGGAGAAGCCGAUCGGCGGAGAGAAGAACGGCGGGACGCGCAUCGUGCUGCUGAAGAAGCGCCGCAACUACUAUCCCACGGCGGACAAGAUCAAGAGGCGGCCGGCCAAGAAGCUGUUCUCGCAGCACCGGCGCUACACACGGCCGUCGCUGGUGCCCGGCACGGUGGUGAUCCUGCUGGCCGGCGUGCAGAAGGGAAAGCGCGUGAUCCUGCUGAAGUGCCUGAAGAGCGGGCUGCUGCUGGUGACCGGGCCCCACAAGGUGAACGGCUGCCCGCUGCGUCGCGUCAGCCAGAACUACGUGAUCGCCACCAGCACGCGCCUCAGCCUGAAGGGCUUCAAGCUGCCCAAGCACAUUGACGAUGCCUACUUCAAGAGGAACAAGGCGAAGCGGGCCAAGAAGGAGGACGGAGACAUCUUCAAUCAGAAGAAGGAGGCGUACAAGCCGUCGGAGCAGCGCAAGACGGACCAGAAGGUGGUGGACAAGCAGUUGGUGGACAUCAUCAACAAGCACCCCGAGAAGAAGGACAUGUUCCGCUACCUGGUCGCCAUGUUCGGUCUGCGCAGCAGCCAGUACCCACACAGACUCAAGUUCUGAUUGGCCUGUAUCACGUAACACUUGGCUGUCAUUAAACUGCUUCUUGAAAACUCUU